UCCACCCUCAAGCCUCUCCAAAACAGAAAUCUGACAAAAACCCACCAUGAAGAUCGAUAAGGAGAUCUUUCACUCUAGUCACCCACAACACAAACUGAAGCUCCAGUACACAGAAGUCCCCUUCAACUGCGAUGGGUGCAAGGAAGCUGGCAUUGGCCUCAAAUACAAGUGCGAGCAAUGCGAAUUUGACCUACACAAGGCCUGCGCCGUGGCGCCUCCUAUCAGUACUACUCACCCCUUCUACAAGAAAUGUGAAUUCAGGUUCUAUGAAAGACCACCAGGCAAUGUCAUGAGGAUAUGUGAUGCUUGCAGGAAUGAUGUGUUAGGGUUUGUGUAUCACUGCAACAAGUGUGGUUUUGAUCUUCACCCAUGUUGUGCAAACCUCCCACAAGUCCUAGAUGAUGGGAAACACAACUUGUAUCUGUGCCUUAAGCUUUCAAGUUCUUGUCAUUGUUGUGGUGGGAAAGGUCCUGGUUGGUCUUAUAGGUCUGAGUGUAAGAACUAUAACCUUCAUGUGUCUUGUGUGAAGGAGUUGCUUAUGGAGAGUUGGCAAGCUAUGUAUCUUAAUGUGGACAAGAACAAGGUAAGGGAGUUGCAGACUAGAAUCCCAAGUCUUAAAGGAACUUUGCAAAGCCAUCAUCAUAGGGGGAAAGGUGGGAAGGUAAAGAAGUGUUGCCAGAUUGCUGCUGGUGCAGUUCGUGUUAUAAUCUCAGCAAUUCUUGGAGAUCCUACGGUUAUAAUAGGUGCUGUAGUUGGGGCUUUAAUAUCCAACUGAAUGGGUGGGUUUAUACUUAUAUGUGGGCUUCUAGGUUUUGGCUCUGAUGUGUCUUUGUUUGUAUAAAUGGCAAUAACAUAUUUUAUUGUCUUAUUUUUAUUUUUUUCCAAGUCAGUGGUGGUUUGCAAGAGUGUGAAGAACUAUUUUUGAGAUCCGGUUGGUGUUUGUGUGUGAACCAUAGUUAUUAAAUAAAUUGUUUGGUUUCUACA